CGCAUGCGCAGAGGGAGGAGCUUGCGGAAGUACUGACGGGAAGGUCUUUUUGUUUGGGCCGCUGAAAGAGUCGACACUUAGUUUGAUUCCCCUGGUUAACAACCGUUUUUUAUCUGCAUUACUUUCGAGUGUCUUUUAUGAGUACUCAAAAGCCGCAAAAGCCGACGCUAACUGGCCAGCGGUUCAAAACGAGGAAAAGAGAUGAAAAGGAGAGGUUUGACCCUACUCAGUUUCAAGAAAGUAUCGUACAAGGCUUGAAUCAAACUGGCUCUGAUUUGGAAGCGGUCGCAAAAUUCCUUGAUGCCUCUGGCGCCAAACUUGACUACCGCCGGUAUGCAGAGACACUCUUUGACAUCCUGGUGGCCGGCGGAAUGCUGGCCCCAGGAGGGACUCUGUCCGACGACAUGACCCGCACUGAGUUCUGCCUCUUCACGGCACACGAAGACCUGGAGACGAUGCAAGCAUAUGCUCAGGUUUUUAACAAGCUGAUCAGGCGUUACAAGUACCUGGAGAAAGGUUUUGAAGAGGAGAUCAAGAAGUUGCUGCUGUUUCUUAAAGGGUUCAAUGAGUCUGAGCGCAACAAGCUGGCCAUGCUGACCGGCAUCCUGCUGGCCAACGGCAACAUAUCAGCCUCCAUCCUCAACAGCCUCUACAACGAGAACCUCGUCAAAGAAGGCGUGUCUGCAGCCUUCGCCGUCAAGCUGUUCAAGUCAUGGAUCAAUGAGAAGGACAUCAACUCUGUUGCUGGCAGUCUCCGCAAAGUCGGCAUGGACAACAGGCUGAUGGAGCUCUUUCCUGCCAACAAACGGAGCUGCGAGCAUUUUUCUAAGUACUUCACCGACGCCGGGCUGAAGGAGCUGUCAGACUUCGCCCGCAACCAGGAAUCCAUCGGUGCCCGCAAGGAGCUGCAGAAGGAGCUCCAGGAGCAGAUGGCCCACGGAGAACCUCAGAAGGAGAUUAUCAUCUUCACUAAAGAGGAGAUGAAAAAGGCCAACCUCUCCGAGCAGGCCAUGAUCAGCAUCAUCUGGACCAGCGUGAUGAGCUGCGUGGAGUGGAACAAGAAGGAAGAGCUGGUGACCGAACAAGCCAUCAAACACUUGAAGCUAUACAGCCUGCUGCUGAAAUCCUUCACCUCCCAGGGUCUGUCCGAAGUCACCCUGCUGCUGAAGAUCCAGGAGUACUGCUACGACAACAUCCACUUCAUGAAGGCCUUUCAGAAGAUCGUGGUGCUCCUCUACAAAGCGGAUGUAUUGAGCGAAGAGGCCAUACUGAAGUGGUACACUGACGCCCACGUUGCCAAGGGGAAGAGCGUUUUCCUCGAGCAGAUGAAAAAAUUUGUCGAGUGGCUGAAGAAUGCAGAAGAAGAGUCUGAGUCGGACGAAGAGGAGACGGACUAAAGCCUCCGCCGACGGAUGAGCGGUUUUUUUACAAGUAGCAGCAGGAGCAGUAGAAUGUCUUUUCCCGUCUCUUCUACCUCCUGUUACUUCUUUAACCCUAAAGAAACGCGCACACACCCUUCCACUCAAACAUUUAAACAUUAUUUAAACAAAGCGUUAAACGAGGACUCGGCCCUCCGCGUGUUUAGGUGUCGCGGCUCACAGUGGAAACGAUGAAUUAUCUCCCUUUUCUUUUUUAAAUGUACAUCCUUCUGUAAUUUGGAUAAAAACAUUCCACGUCUCGAUGGCCGCCGCUCGGAUGAAUCGGAAACAGGAUUUGUUUGAUACUCUUUGCGGUUCUGCCAUGCGACUAUGCGGCAGACGAAAAUGCAAUUUUGCCAAAGUUUCUUCUUCUCCCCCCCCCCCUUUUUUUUUUUUUGACUUUUCUCUCGGCUCACGUUUCGGCUCCUGUUGGGUCUUCACGUCGCCUCCUUUCUUGACUUCUGGGUAAACGUGUACCGCGUGUCUCCAUCGCUCAGUCCGUCAGACGCCCCUGUGAGAUGCCUCGCCAGCUAACUGAUUAUUGGUUUCUACUUUCUUUAAUCUGAUAAACCGAUUGACUUUUUUAUGAAAAUAAAGAUUAUUGAAAUGGUU